GCCGGCUCGGAGCCGCUCAGCUCGACCUGCUCGAUACAUGGAGAAGACGCAGACCAAACGCUCGGAGGAGAUACCGGAGUUUCACAAACAGGAAUCGGGAUGGUGUAUACCACGGCUUUGCUCUUUGGACACGGACUGCCUGUCUUGUCGGAGGAAGAAAGUGUCGUAGAGAUGAUCGGGAAGUAUUUCUUCCAGCGCGCAACACCGGGGCGAGAGGCGAACUCAGCCCGGCGGGGGAGCGUCGAAAGCUGGGAUGAGAGAGACAGCAACCCGCCUUUUGCUGACUUUGACGCCGGUUUGGAGCAUGGAGAGCGGCUCCUCCACCAGGAUGUGACCCGGCAGAUAGAGCACUGUCUGACCGAGGCCAAGGCCUCCACCCUGCACUGCCAGGUGCUGCUGCUCCCCCGCCAGAUGACCAUCAGAGUGGGUCAGGAUGUGGUGCGAUCCUCCGCUGAGGAGCCCUGUGGGCUCCGGGGGGCCUCCAUCAAAGUCUACGUGGAGCAGAAAGAUGUCCUGAAGUCUGUGGGGAGCAUCAUCCCAGAUCCAAGUGUCACCCCAACGUUUGAGCUGUCUGUGAUCUUCAAGGCUGAGAAGGAGGACGGCUGGCCGCCACUCAUGCACAUCUUUGAUACCAACAAAGUGUUGAAGCUGAGACCAGAGUACCGGCUGGUGAAGAGGAAGCUCUACUCCUCUGCCAGCCCCGUCGUUCAUGACUUCAACUAGAAAUGAAGCUGUGAAUGUGUUUGUUUACCUCUUUUUGUGUUGAACCUGGCCUGCACUGGCUUUAGUUUUGGAUUGUUCUCAUUUCAUGGAUGAAUGUUGAACUUUGGAGUAGGAGCUCACACUGCUUAUUUUCUGACACUCUGUAGUUUUUGCACAGACUGGUUGAAUGUUAGUGUUACCCUGUAAACAAAUGUGCUCACAGGAAUGGGCAGGUCUCACUCCUGAACUGUGCUGUACUGUUUUUUUGUUAUUUAUACAGUUGCAAAAUAAAUUUUUUACAUACUA